UACUGGCCCCCGAAGCCUUCGUGCCCGUUUCGCCUCGCGCUUGCGCUGCUGCUGCUGCUGCUGCUAUUGCCCAAUUUGCCAUUCCAUUCCAUUCCGGGGGGAGGAUUAGGCGCGCUCUGUUUCGCGUGGGAAGCGUGCUUCCUCGUUUAGGCCCCUCGAAUUCCCGAGGGCGACGGCGACGUGCUCGGCGGCCGGGCGGAGAAAAUCUAGGGAGGCUUGGGCUCGCGAGACGCGCGCCUGUACGUGGCGUACGUGCCUUUGUUGGAUACAGCUGCUUGCUCUAGCUACCAAUGGCCGAGAUCUGCUGCGAGGAAGCCAAGUCCACGCCGGCCACCGCCGUGGCCGCGGCUGCCGCAGCGGCAGCCGCGGCAGUCGCCUCCUCGGCGUUAGAGAGGAGGCGACGCAGGUUGGAGAUGAGGCGGUUCCAGGCGCCGGUGGCCGACGACGUCCGGGCCGGCAAGCGGCAGAGGUUGGCUCGCACGGCGUCCGGUUCGUGCCCCGAAGUGGUCUCGGAGUUCGAGAGGCCGGAACUGCCGGAGCGGUUGCCGAGGCACGGGGUCACCUCCGUCUGCGGCCGGCGACGCGAGAUGGAAGACGCCGUCUCCAUUAGGCCGGACUUCCUGCCCGGCGCCACCAAGCACCACUUCUUCGGCGUCUUCGACGGCCACGGCUGCUCCCACGUGGCGACGUUGUGCCAGGAUCGGAUGCAUGAGGUGGUCGCCGACGAGCACAACAACGCCGGCUCCGGCGAAGAGACGGCGUGGAAGGGUGUGAUGGAGAGGAGCUUCGCGCGAUUGGACGAGCAGGCCGCGAGCUGGGCGAGCAGCCGCAGCGGCGACGAGCCCGCCUGCAGAUGCGAGCAGCAGAUGCCCUCGCGGUGCGAUCACGUGGGGUCCACCGCCGUGGUCGCUGUAGUCAACCCCACCCACGUCGUCGUCGCCAACGCCGGGGACUCCCGUGCCGUCCUCUCCCGCGCUGGCGCCCCCGUCCCGCUUUCCGUCGACCACAAGCCUGACCGGCCUGACGAGCUGGCGCGCAUCGAGGCGGCGGGCGGUCGCGUCAUCUACUGGGAUGGCGCCCGUGUUCUCGGCGUCCUCGCCAUGUCUCGAGCCAUAGGCGAUGGUUACCUUAAGCCGUUCGUGUCGUCGGAGCCGGAGGUGACGGUGACGGAGCGCACCGACGACGACGAGUUCCUGAUCCUGGCCAGCGACGGCCUGUGGGACGUCGUGGACAACGUGAUGGCUUGCGGGGUCGUCCGGGCGUGCUUCCGUAGCAACGGUCCGCCGGCGGCGCCGGCCGCUCGGGCCAACGGCGUGGCUCCGCCCGCUGGCGACGCGGACGCCGAGAACGGAUCCGCGGUGGUGAAGGGCGUGAGCAAGGUGGAUUCCGACAAGGCGUGCUCCGACGCGGCUAUGCUGCUGGCGAAGCUGGCGCUGGCCCGGCGGAGCGCCGACAAUGUCAGCGUGGUCGUCGUGGAUCUCCGCCGGGGGAUAUGAUUCUUGGAGCAGAGCAAAAUCAUACGCUCCAUGAUUGCUUGCUUUAGCCCCUUUUUUCUUCUUUUUUUCAAAUCCAAGCUAAUUCUUCCCCUCAUUUUUACCAUCCGUCCAUUUUGAUUUAGUAUUAAGAGUAGUUCCUGACCAGAUGAAUAUAAUAGACAGCUUUUCUUCUCUCAAAUGAGGAACUAAAGCUAGCUGGAACACGGAAAAUGCUGAUCUUGGCCUAGCACCAUGUACCACCGACCGAUAAGCACAACUUUUUGGUCGUAGAUUACAUGCCAAACGUGUUGAUUCCAUCCUC